GCUGGCAUCAUCGGUGAAAUACGAAACUGCUACGGAGAUCUUUACAGAUACGGAGAUCUUUACUGCUCGGACGAUUGCCUAGCCGAAAUAAUGCUUCGUGAUGCCUCGUUGAUGAUAAUCUACAUGGAGACGAGUACUGUAACAGAGCACCCAGAUGAGUUGAUGAUGAAGAAGAUUAACGCCAUGAUGGAUCAUCUUGGCAUAUUGACAUUAGCAUUUAUGGCGCAUGACAUGGUUUUGCUUGAUAAUCAGAUCGCUUUAGUCGUGGUGAAGGUUCUGAAUCUUCUGAUGGAUUUAAGAUACGGGGAAGGGCGGGAAGGCGAAGGCCAAUACGAAAAGUUGCUUAACAGAUUCAUUAAUAUGGUCAUCUUCGGAGAGUAUCGCCAGCAAAUAGUAUUGUCUAGGAAGCCUAUGCACCUCCUCGAAGCCAUCCACAUGGUAGUCGUCUUUGGCGGUGAAGAUGAGAGCGGCGCUGCUCCAACACCAACUUGCUGCAAAUUGCUGUGCUGCCCCAGAGCUGAUCUAGAAAGCGGUGCUACUACUCAUGGUAUAAUCCAUCGUCUUCUAAAGUCUCUGGCUUGCAAAACCCAAGGUGCAGCCAAGAAUGACUACAACUCCUUCAUAAACUCCAUCCAUUCGUUUCGUUCGGUGACAGAGCUCAAGGCAAAAGGCAUCCAUUUUAGACCAGGCCCAACUUCUUUGAUGGAUGUCAGCUUCAAAUCCAACUUCUUCUACUCCACCCUCCAUCUCCGCGAGUGGAUCCUCACCCCCAACACUAAGGUCCUCUUCAAGAACUUGGUCGCCUACGAACUCAGCCCUGGCAGCCCAGCCAACAGGGAGGUUACCUCGUACUACAUCACCUUCAUGAAGUCGCUCAUUGAUAGGCCGGAAGACGUCAAGGAGCUGCGAGAGAAGAAAAUCUUCAUCAACAAGCUUGGCAGCGACCAAGAGGUUUUCAACAUCUACAAAGAUAUCAAUACACACGGGGCCGAUAAUCCGAUGAUUUUUCAUGCAGUGAAAGACAAGAUCCAAGAACAUUAUAACAGUAAUAUCAAGACAUGGAUGGCUGAGCUCAUCCACAAUUAUUUUCGAUCUCCGUGGACCAUGACCGCGUUUCUUGCUGCCGCCGCAUUACUUGCCAUUUCCUUCUAUCAUCUUGUUAAUUUCAACUAGUUUGAUUGUCUUUGAGGCAAUUAACUAGUGUAGAGACAUAUAUUAAAAGAGUUAUAAUGGUGUGAAUGUUUGCGUAGUGGAAAUCAAAUGUCAAACACCAACUUAAUUAAUGCAUAUUUUGACACGAAAA